UCCUGUGAAUUUACAAUUGUAGACUGAAGACGCUCAUUUUCAGGACAAAAAACACAGAUCUUCAGGUCGUCAGGACUAAGCGACAAUGGCAUCAGUCAGUUCUCUCAUACAGCAAAGUGGAAAAGAAGGACCUUCAGGAAUAAUAUCAUGCUAUGAUGCCACCCUUUUAGAAAAAGGUCCUCCAGCACUUUACCAAUUGAAUACUGAAAGAAAAUACAUUGACAACAAUGACAGAAAGAUCAGACGAUGGACAUAUGGGAAAAAAGACAAGGCCAAGCAGAAUAAAGUCAUACUGAUGGUGGGAGAAACUGACGCUGGGAAAACAACACUCAUCAACACCAUGGUCAACCAUUUACUGGGAGUGAAGUUUGAGGAUCAAGCGUUUUAUCAAAUCACUGAAGAAGAACAGAGAGAUCAAUCCCAAUCCCAGACCUCUGAGAUCACAGUUUAUGAGGUGUUUGUUGAAGAAAACCCAACAUCUCUGACCAUCAUCGACACUCCAGGUUACGGAGACGCUCGAGGAUUCGAGAAAGAUGCAGAGAUUGCAGAAUAUCUGAUCAGAUUAUUUGCAGAUGAGGAUGGGAUUCAUUAUAUAGACACAGUGUGUUUUGUGAUGAAGGCAUCUCAGAAUCGACUCUCUGGAAAAGAGCUUUACAUCUUUCACUCAGUUCUGUCUCUGUUUGGUAGAGAUAUCCAGAACAACAUAGUGUUUCUGUUCACUCAUUCAGACGGAGGACCACCAACAGAUGCUCUCAAUGCCAUAGAGAAAGCAGAAAUACCCUGCAGAAGAGAUGAAGACCAUGAACCUGUUUACUUUUUAUUCAACAACAGUCAGAUAAAGAAAAGAGACCGACAAAUUAACAGAUCUGCCUGGGAUUUGGAGGAGAGAAGCUUGAAUGGGUUUUUCACAAUCCUUGAAGAAAAGAACAAAAAAAGUGUUCAGAUGACAUUAGAUGUUCUGAAAGAGCGAAGACGACUGGAGGCCUGUGUUUUUGACUUGAAUGAGCGAAUCUUUAAGGAGGAGUUUAAAGCUGAACAACUUUCAGUCAUUUUGGAUUCAAUUACAGAGCACAAGAACACAAUUGAGAAAUGUGAAAACUCUGAGAUUGUAGUCCAAAAAACAUUCAAAGAAAAAGUCUUAAUUGAAAAUGAAUGGUGGUGGAACAGCAAGGCAACCUGCUGCUCCGUCUGUGAGGAGAACUGCCAUGAAUGGGCCUGCUUGGAUUCAAGUCCCUCACGAUGUAAAGUCAUGUACAAACAACACUGCACUGUGUGUUCAGGAAAGUGUCAUUAUAGAAAUCAUGUCAGAGAGAACAAAAAAUAUGUGACCAAGACAAAGACAUUUAGAAUGACAUUUAAUGAGCUCAAACAGUUUUGUCAUGGUGUUGAUGACCACAAUCUAUUAAGAUUUGACAAAGAAAUGUAUGAAAAAAUAAAAAAGGAACAUAAAAGAAACACGAUAAAGUCUACAGAAAAAAUAGAAAAAGAAAUUCAACUUAAAAUGGAUCUGGAAAAAAUUACACAACAAAAGCUCAAUCUUCUGCAUGAAGCAUAUUUCAGCAUCAUGAGUCUCUCUGACAUUGCACUAAAAGCAGACAGCGCUUUCACUCUUCUGUAUCUGGAUUUCCUGAUUCCCAGCCUGAAGAAAGAAGAGGGAAAAGUGGAAUGGGUGAAGAACCUGGAGGAGCUGAAGAAAACUGGAGAAGAGCAGAAAAAUAAGCCAGUAUUAGACUAUGUGAUGAAAUUUGCAACGCUGGCAUCAUUCACUUUCUCUAUUCAUCGGUACAACAGCAUGGAUCUACCUCCAGAAAUGAUAACUGAAGUUAUUCCUCUCAGAGAUAACUUUAUUACAAAUUAUGAGAGAAAUCAUCCUCAGCUCCAGCAGUGCACAGAGAAACUGUGUGAGAUUCUCCAAAUAUUUGAAAGAAAAUACAGAAACUCUACUGAAGGCUCCAGAGAUGCGGGAAUAGCAGGAAUAGUUGGAGGGACAGUCUUGGCUGCAGGUAUAGCAGCAGCAUCUGCUCCAUUUACUCUGGUACUGUCUCUUGCUGCAGGAGGAUCAAUACUCGCAGCUGCUGGAGUUAAAAGUCAGAAGUUCACGUCUGAAAAACAGAUCCAGGUGACACAAUUAAAAGAAGGUAUUAAGACACAAUUAGAUCAUUUUUAUAAUACAAUCAACCCCUUGCGUGAAAAGAUGGAAGAUCUUCAAGAACAAACUGAGUUUAUAUCAAAAAUCCUUAAAAAAUUUCAGCAACAUCACAGUCAUGUCAGUGAAUAUUUUACCUAUGUCUGUCAAAAAUACAACAUACAAAUCGAAGACUAUGACAAGUUGACUGCACAGAUGUCUGAAAAUACACGCUUGAUUUCAAAUCUGGCUGUACUUUAUGGUGGACCCAGCCUUUGGCUUGACAUGAUCUCAGUUCCUGAAAAUACAAGAGGGGUCACGGAUAUGGUUAAACUAGCAGAAAAAAAAAUACACGAAGAAAUAGAUGAAAGUGAUGAAGAUGAGAUUAUGUCAAAAGCUGGGAAAUUCAUUAUUGAAAUGAGAAAAAUGAUCCAGCAGUUUCAGAAAAUCACAAAUGAACUUGAGAAAACGAAAAACCAACUAGCAGGUUUUUAUGAUACAAUCUAAAUCACACAAAACGAUGAGUAAAUAAGCUAUAUGUGCCAAGUGUGCACAAACAAACAAGGAAUUUUGAUUAUGAAUGGCUGAAACUAGAUAAUCGACUCGAUCAGAGAACAAUAGCCUACCUUGUUGUGAUCAACUUCCUACUGCAUGAUAAUUAUCACAUGUUAAUGGGUACUGUUACGAGUUGUAGUGUAGUGUAGGCUUGUGUGCUGUGUUUCUUUCCCUCUCUCUCUUUCUCUCGCUCUCUUUUAUUUCUAAGUAUUCGCAGGAGCAGCGGAUUACUUUGGGUCGGAUCAUGAUUGGUGCUUGGAUAGGCGGCGGCUGUAUUUAAACCUGCUGAGAGCAUGAAUUUGAUGGCUCUCUCGAUUUCCCUUGUAUGCUCAGUGGAGAUUGUUAUGUGAUCAAAUGAGUGUUUCUUGCUUAUAUCUCUUUUGUGGCAUUUUGUAAGAUGCCGAUGUGAUGUUGUCAAUUCUAACUGGAGAAACCCGGUUUUCUGUCUUCCUGUCUGGCCUGGAGCAUGGUAGAAAGGUUUGGUGCCUUCUGUUUUGUUGUUUUCGUUUUCUCCUGUGUUUGUUAGUAGGGAGGUAAGUUUUCUUUAUUUUAUUUUAUUAUCUCUUAUAGGGAAGUUAUAUCUAAUUUAGUUUGCUUGGUUUAUUGUCAUUUUUUUUUGCACUCUAAAAAUGAAUGUGUUGAAAACACGUCACAGUGUGCUCAGGGACAACACAUGUUGAGUUAAGUUUAACACACAAAAUGUGUCAUAAAAUGUAACACAUUAAUGUGCAGCAUAAGUAGACACACAGAUGUGUUAUUUUUAUAUGUGUCUAACACAACUGUGUGUUACUAUUCAGUUUUUUGUCAUUUUAAAUGUAAAAAAAAUACUUUAAAUGUAAAAUCACAAAAUCUCACAGGAAACAUUAAACACUGUUCACAUAC